UCUUCACAAAACAAAAAAAGAUCUCUCUCUCUUCUUCACACUCUCUCCCACACAGGUCUAGUCAACGACGGUCAAAGUUAGGUUAUCAGGGGGAAUCUAACAACGAUGACGGAUACGACGGACGAUAUCGCGGAGGAGAUUUCGUUUCAGAGCUUCGAAGAUGACUGUAAGUUGCUCGGUAGUCUCUUCAACGACGUCUUGCUCAGAGAAGUUGGCUCCGAUUUCAUGGAGAAAAUCGAACGGACUCGUAUUCUCGCUCAGAGUGCUUUAAAUCUUCGUCUUGCUGGUAUUGAAGAUACAGCUGAGCUUUUGGAGAAGCAACUGACUUCUGAAAUAUCCAAGAUGUCACUGGAGGAAGCAUUGACACUGGCUCGUGCGUUCAGCCAUUUUCUUAAUUUGAUGGGGAUUGCUGAAACUCAUCACAGAGUUCGUAAAGUCUGUAAUGUUCCACAACUUUCAAGAUCAUGCAACGAUGUGUUCAGUAAGCUAUUGCAAGGUGGAAUUUCCCCUGAUGAGCUCUACGACACAGUUUGCAAGCAGGGGGUUGAAAUUGUUCUUACUGCACACCCCACUCAAAUCAACCGGCGAACCUUGCAGUACAAACAUAUUAGAAUGGCUCACCUUCUAGAAUAUAACGAUAGACCAGACCUUGGACUUGAAGAUCGAGAAACGGUUAUUGAGGAUCUGGUUAGGGAGGUAACUUCACUGUGGCAGACUGAUGAACUUAGACGUCAGAAACCUACUCCUGUUGAUGAAGCUAGGGCUGGUCUGAACAUUGUUGAGCAAUCCCUUUGGAAAGCUGUACCACAUUACUUGCGUCGUGUCAGCAGUUCUUUGAAGAAGCUCACGGGGAAGCCACUCCCAUUAACUUGUACCCCAAUAAAGUUUGGUUCCUGGAUGGGUGGUGAUAGAGAUGGAAAUCCAAAUGUCACGGCGAAGGUCACCAAAGAAGUAUCACUAAUGUCUAGGUGGAUGGCUAUUGAUCUGUACAUAAGAGAGAUCGAUAGCUUAAGAUUUGAAUUGUCUAUGAAUCGAUGCAGCGAUAGAUUAUCAAGAUUGGCAGAUGAGAUUCUUGAAAAAGAAGCAUCUGCUCAAGAGCACCUUGAAAGUAGGGGUCCACAUGUUGGUAGAAGCCAACAAAAAAUUCCAAGCCAGCAGGGCUUAUCUCUACCUACUCAACUUCCACCUAGAGCUGACCUCCCCUCAUGCGCUGAAUGUGGUGAAUCACAGUAUCCCAAACUUGAAGUUCCUAUGACAGAUUAUAUGCCACUCAAUCGUCAGGAAGUUCAGGGGAUUUCUAGUAAUGGCUCAGGCCAAAGUUUGCAAAUAAGGAUAGCAAAUGGAACUUCCGUCAACUCUAAUGGCUCUCAGCAAAGUCUUACUCCCCGAGGUUCUUCUUCCUCGAGUUCUCAACUUCUUCAGAAGAAACUAUUUGCGGAGUCUCAGAAUGGGAGGACCAGUUUUCAGAAGCUAUUAGAACCAACUCCACCAAAACGAGCUGGAAUUGCUCCUUAUCGGAUUGUUCUUGGAGAAGUAAAGGAAAAGCUUCUGAAGACACGGAGACUUCUGGAACUUCUUCUUGAGGGUCUCCCUUGUGAAUACGAUCCUUGGGAUUACUAUGAAACAUCAGACCAACUUCUGGAACCGCUACUCCUCUGCUAUGAAUCUCUGCAAUCAUCUGAUGCCGGAGUAUUAGCCGAUGGCCGGCUUUCUGAUCUGAUCCGUAGAGUUGCUACCUUUGGCAUGGUUUUGAUGAAACUUGAUUUGCGCCAGGAAGCUGCAAGGCAUUCUGAAGCUUUGGAUGCAAUUACGACAUACUUGGACAUGGGCACAUAUAGUGAAUGGGAUGAAGAUAAGAAACUGGAGUUUUUGACAAAAGAGUUGAAAGGGAAACGACCCCUUGUCCCUCCAAAUAUUGAGGUUGGUCCUGAAGUAAAAGAAGUACUAGAUACCUUCCGGGUUGCUGCUGAGCUAGGAAGUGAAUCACUUGGAGCUUACGUGAUUUCUAUGGCUUCAAAUGCAAGUGAUGUCCUCGCUGUGGAGCUUCUGCAGAAAGAUGCUCGUCUUGCCGUCAGUGGCGAGCUGGGAAGACCAUGUCCUGCUGGAACACUGCGAGUGGUGCCUCUUUUUGAGACGGUGAAAGAUUUAAGAGGCGCUGGCUCUGUGAUAAGAAAAUUGCUAUCAAUCGAUUGGUACAGAGAACACAUCCAAAAGAACCACACCUGCCACCAAGAGGUGAUGGUUGGAUAUUCGGAUUCUGGAAAAGAUGCUGGACGCUUUACUGCAGCAUGGGAACUUUACAAAGCCCAGGAGGAUGUUGUGGCUGCUUGCAAUGAAUUUGGAAUCAAAAUUACCUUAUUCCAUGGACGAGGUGGGAGUAUUGGGCGAGGUGGUGGCCCAACUUAUCUUGCCAUACAAUCCCAACCUCCAGGGUCUGUAAUGGGUACUCUCCGUUCCACAGAGCAAGGUGAGAUGGUGCAAGCCAAGUUCGGGUUACCACAGACAGCUGUUAGGCAGCUAGAGAUUUACACAACCGCGGUUCUACUUGCUACAUUGCAGCCUCCUCAGCCACCACGAGAAGAAAAAUGGCGGAGCCUAAUGGAAGAUCUCAGAAAGGAACUGCUGACUACUGAGAAGUAUGUGCUUGUGAUAAGCGGCCAUGAAAAGCUCUCGGAGAAUAAUCGAAGCCUGAAAAAGCUGAUAGAGAGUAGACUUCCGUAUUUGAACCCCAUGAACAUGCUGCAGGUUGAGAUCCUCAAGAGGCUAAGACGUGAUGAUGACAACAACAAGCUCAGGGAUGCAUUGCUCAUCACCAUUAACGGUAUUGCAGCUGGAAUGAGGAACACUGGUUAAGACACACUUUGGUCUCAUUUUGCUUUGUUUUGAACUUCUGUGUGCUCGCAGAAAAACCUCUGCAUAUGACUCGUUUUCUUCUUUUCAUCGUAUCUACUUCCUUGCCUCUCUAUUGUGGUUCUGUACAUUAAACCGUUGGAUCUUAAGUAGUGAACUGCAAUAGAAUCACGAACAGUUUAAGUCUA